UACUUUAGUGUCAACAACUAUUGUUACAUAAAUAGUGUAAUAAAAAUAAUUGUUCUAUACUUAGAAAUCCGAUGGAUUAUACUAGUGAUAAUGAUUCAUAUGACAGCGAGGAAGAUUCUGGACUUUUGAAAAAAGCAUUCGAUGUACAUCUUCCUGAAAAUUUUGAUCCUAAUUCUGUGCCACGAGACGGUGAAGAAUACUUACACCAUGUUAUAUACGAACGAAAUAUGUGCAAAAAGUGGGUUGCAUCACCCAUAGAUCCAAAAAAAUUGAAGAAAUAUUCAACAUUUGAAAUACCAAUAAAAGUGAUAAAAUACAAUAUCCCCUUACAUCUGUUACCAUCUCUUGAAUGGCAAUAUCAAAAACUAAGAGAUUUUAAGGAUUUCAAAGAAACUGUAGACAAAAUAAACGAAACCUAUGAUCGAAAAGCUACUAUUAGUGUAUUUAAUGAAGAUAAAUUUAUGACCAAAUUGCAGAUAUCUGCACCCCGGUAUUCAACUAUUUGUCAGUACAAACAAACUGCUAAAAUAAGAAUGUUGGAACUUAUUACAAAUUACAUUUCUACGAAGGCAUCAUUUGAUGAUUUGGUAGCUGUGUGGGUUUUCGCAAUAUUAGUAACUCUUUCUGUUCCUCUGAGUCCAAAUGUAUACCAUGCUAUUCGUGAAUUUAUUAGAGCUUGUCAACUUAUUCGCUCAAAGUUACCAGAAAAUGAUGAAAAAAGUUGGACUGCAUUGAAUUUCUAUAUUUGUAUUUGUAGUCGAUAUUAUAGUCAAUUGGAUCUAGCAGACUUCAAUGAUAUGGAAUGAUAAAUUAAAUUGUUCCAAAUUAAUUUUCAAUUUAUUUCCCAAAAUAGCUGUACAGGUAGCAAAACAUUGUAAAAUAGAAUGUAUGAAUUUUUACUAUUUUUUGUUUGCAAGAAGUUGGAAUAUAAUAAUUCUUAUUUUUUG